AUGCUCUAUCUCCUAGUUCAGGUUAAUGAAGGCGUUAAAUGCAUUAUUCUUGAGCGUAUAAUGAGUAUAGAGUCGACAUGUAAAUUUUUUGAACUUUUUGAUUUAACUACGUUAGGGCAAUAUGAUAAUAGAGAGUUUUGUCUUGCUUCCAAUACAAAUUUAGACACUUUAGUUUCAAUUCAAGACAAACCAGAUGCUUUCAGCAUUUUAAUGGCAAAUUCAAGGCAGCCUUUGCUUCCUCGUCAUUGUAAUGAGCCUCAACAGGUUGGAUGGACAGGUGGUUUAUAUGAAACAAUAGGAAAAGUAUUCGUAAAUCGUAUUGCAACUGCUCUUUGGUAUAUUGAUCUACAUCUUUCAACACUAAGUGCACGUUCAUAUCAUCUACUAGCUCUUUUUGCACAGUUGAAAACGUAUUAG